AUGGAGGACAUGAUAAUCUCUCCCUCCUCAUCAUCUUCUCUGGUGUCUAUCCCACAAGAAAACACACCAACCCUUCAGCAAAAGCUUCACUUCCUACUCCAAAACCAGUUACCAGAAUGGUGGGUCUAUGGCAUCUUCUGGCACACAACCAACGACGACAAUGGCAAUCUCUUUCUCUCCUGGGGAGACGGCCAUUUCCAAGGCGCCAAAGACGCCUCCUCCCCGAGACUUAUUCCUCAUUACCCCAUUUCAGUGACGGACAGAUGCAGAAAGUUCAACAACAACAGCAACAAUAACAAUGACGGAGAAUGGUUCUACAUGAUGUCUUUGACACGCGCCUUUCCUAUGGGCGAAGCUUUGUAUUCUUCGCUACCCGGAAAGGCCUUUGGUUCGGGGUCUCCCAUCUGGCUCAACGGGGACCUUCAAUUCUGCGACUGUGACAGAGCUAAAGAAGCUUAUAUGCAUGGCAUCCGAACUCUCGUACACAUUCCAACCACCGAUGGCGUUCUUGAAAUGGGUUCCUACGAUCUCAUCACUGAAAACUGGGCUCUCCUUCAACAAACCAAGUCCCUCUUUGGAUCGCAACACCAGCAACUCAAUCCUAUACAGUUCUUCGACGACCAGAACAUCUCCUUCGCUGACAUUGGCAUUAUCGCCGGCGUUCAAGAAGAAGACAACUCACACGAAGAAGAUGCCGUCAGAAAGAGAAAGGAAACGGAAGCACUCAACAAGAAGAAAAAGAAUAAGGAUCACUCGUCAAUGGGGAAGUUCGGCUCAUCGCGUCAAUCGUCCUUCGUGGAUUCGGAGCAUUCAGACUCGGACUGUGGUGCACCAAUGGCGGCAGCGGAGAAGAGGUUGCCGAAGAAGAGAGGGAGGAAACCAGGGAUAGGGCGUGAAACCCCGCUGAACCACGUGGAGGCAGAGCGGCAGCGGAGGGAGAAGCUCAACCACCGGUUCUAUGCUCUGAGGGCGGUGGUUCCAAACGUGUCAAGGAUGGACAAGGCUUCUUUGCUUUCCGACGCGGUGUCUUACAUAAACGAACUGAAGGCAAAGAUCGAAGAGUUAGAGACUCAGGUUCAGAAGGAGUCAUCGAUGAACAACAAUAAUAAGAAGGUGAAGGUUGAAACUGGCGACAGCAUGGACAACCAGAGCACCACCACAACCUCCUCCGUGGACCAAAACAAUAACGAGAAUGAGGCGGCAGAGGUGCAGGUGGAGGUGGAGGUGGAGGUGAAGAUGAUAGGAGAAGAGGCGGCGAUGGUGAGGGUUCAGUCGGAGAGUGGGACCCACCCUGGUGCGAAACUGCUGAAUGCAUUGCGGGAAUUGGAGUUUCAAGUGCAGCAUGGAAGCAUGUGGUGCGUCAACGAGAGCAGCAUCAUGCUCCAACACGUUCUUGUGAAGCUUCCAGAAGGGAUCACGAUGAGAACUGAACAAGCGCUUAAAUCUUCCAUUCUAAGCAGAUUAUUGGAUCAUCAUAAUCAAUAA